AUGCAUAAUUUGGAUAGUAUUAACUUAUUGGAAAAUUAUGUUUUUGAUUUCAUUUUUAAGUUAUUAGACGAAAAAAAAAAAAAAUUUUUAUCAAAGAGUAGAAUUAUAGAAAUAACUAGAUUAAUUUAUACAAUUGAAAUCAUAUUAAGAAACCUAAAUGAAAAUACAUAUACAACAUUAAGACAAAUAUUUUAUACGAAUUCACAACUAUUUAUAUCACAAAAUGUUUCAAAUAGAAUAAUUGGAAAAAUAACAAAAAUUAUAAAAAAACCAAGAGAAUUAUUAAAUAUAUAUAACUCACCUAAAGGAAUAAUUCGAGGAAAUAUACUACUAAAGGAGAAGAAUUUAAAUCAUUGGGUUGAUUGUAUGAAUAUUUUUGAAAUUAGAGGGCAUUUAAUAUGUCCCUUUGGUGUAUCAGAUAUAAUAAUUAAUCAGAAUGUUAAAUAUGUUCUAUUAAUAGAGAAAGAAACAAUUUUUUUUAAAUUACUUCAAUCUGAUUUUAUAAACAAAUAUGGUCCUUCAAUUCUGAUUACAGCUAAAGGAUUUCCUGAUAUAAACACGAGACAGCUUAUAUUUGAAAUUCAUAGAAGAAAUAAAAAUCUCAAGUUUUUUUGUUUAACUGACUACGAUGCUUAUGGACUUAAUAUUGCUUUUACUUAUUCCUCUAAAUACGAAUCAAAAGUUUAUUAUGUUGACGAUAUAUCAAAUGAUAAUUUAUAUUGGUUAAUUCUUUUUACACCUGAUGAAGCAAUUAAAAAAAAUGUUUUAAAAAAAAUAGAUCUUAAUAAUUUAUCUUUAAAGGAUAUAAGAAUUUUGGAUAAUAUUUGUAAUAAUUUAAAAAAAAAAACUAAUAAAUGUCAUGCAGCUGAAAUUAAUCGUUGGAUAGAAUAUGCUACCAAUAUGAAAAAGGAUGGAGUAAAAUACGAAAUAGAUUCUGUCAUUAAUAUUGAAAAACAUAUAAAUAUGAAAAUUAAGGAAUUUUUAUUAACAUAA